AUGCCGAUCGAUUGUGUGGAUCUCGGAACUAAACCAUCGAUAGAGAAGUUCAACAACAACACAAUUAUAGGGUUAGCCGAACAUAUGACUUUUACCAAGCUGGUCAUUGGAUACGCCAACGCUUCGUUCAUGAAGAAGAUACCAGUCGACUGA